AUGGUGAAGAUAGAAGCUUUCGCGGUUGAACAGUGGAUGGACAAGUAUGAGACCACUGCCAAAUAUAAUACCGCCGAGACCUGCUGCGCAUCCAUCUCCGUCGACGAUCUCCGCGCGCUCUCCGAUGAUAAGGAGUCCGACCCCCUCGCCCAGCUUCAGUCAACGAAACUUACAUAUGGCGCGAUCCGUGGUUCCGAUAAGCUACGAAAUACAUUGGCGAAUCUGUACUCGGUGAGGGCACCAACGCAGUUGCCGAUGGAUAAUAUCUUGAUCACCGCUGGCGCGAUUCAAGCGAACUUCUUGCUGCUGUAUACAUUGGUUGGUCCAGGAGACCAUGUCAUCUGCCAUUAUCCAACAUAUCAACAAUUGUUCUCCGUCCCUGCGUCAGUGGGGGCCGAAGUCAGCCUAUGGAAGUCCAAAGAGGCCGAUGGAUGGCAGCUGGACAUUGAAGAGCUGAAAGGCCUCAUCCGUCCCAACACGAAGUUGAUCAUUAUAAACAACCCGCAAAACCCAACUGGAGCCAUCAUCCCGCGCCAGACACUCCAGCAAUUGGUCGAUAUUGCCCGCGAGAAAUCCAUAAUCAUCCACUCCGACGAGGUCUAUCGCCCACUUUUCCACAACAUCAGUCCUGCAGACCCGAGCUUCCCACCCACACUUCUUUCCAUGGGAUACGAACGCACCGUGGUGACAGGAUCUGUUUCCAAAGCAUAUAGCCUGGCUGGGUUGCGGGUCGGCUGGGUUGCAUCGCGAGAUAAUUCUAUCAUUGAUGCCCUUGCCAACGCGCGCGAUUAUACAACUAUCUCGCGAAAUAUUGAUUUGGCCCGGACUAAUCUCUCUAUCCUAGAGAAGUUCAUUGAUGCUCAUCGCUGGGCGUGUGAGUGGAUUAAACCGCAAGCCGGUACCACUGCAUUUGUGCGCUUUAACAAGAUGGGAAAGCCCAUAGAUGAUGUCGCUUUCUGCGAGAUGCUUCAGGAACGAACCGGUGUUAUGCUUGUACCGGGAAGCCUUUGCUUUGGGGUUGGAGAAGACUUCAAGGGCUAUGUUCGCAUCGGGUAUGUCAAUGAAACCGAGGUCCUGGAGCAGGGCUUAGAUGCAUUGAGCAAGUUCAUGGAAGAUGGAUAUGAAGAUGUCCCAGUGAAGAAGUCCUUGCAAAAGUAA